AUGAGCUUCAAAGAUAAGCCAGCUUACGCGGACGACAUCGUUCCUCUCAAGUCAACCAAUACCUAUAAGUCUAACCUGAAGAGCCCUGGACCCACAAAGGCCAAAGGGGAGGGCGACAACAAAAGUAAACACAAGCGGCGGGUGCGACAUAAACCAAAACCUAUAGUCAUCAAGUUUGUUCCUCUGAGACCUCUCCGGCCCAAGUCUCCCAAGAUACCCGAUCCCAUUCACCCUGCUCCCGGGCAGCAGCCAGACGGUAGUAUGAUCGAUAACCAGGAUACGACUGCUCCGCACUAUGGACAAGAUGACUGGAGUCUGCACAACUUGCCUGAUAUUCUGUACACCCUGAGACCUGGCUCUGAGAACAGCAAGUCGAGACAGCGUGUGCGUAUCAACAUUGGUCCAAUAUUCGGCAAGAUGCUGCGUAAUUUGCCCGUGCUUCCAGAUCGUAUCUCCUCCAAGGUAGAGGGAUGGCGCCUGGAAGCGUGGUUCCGUAUGGACCGUCGUAUUGAGCCCGAGGACAUCAUUGAUCGUGUCGACCCCCUCUAUCGAUCGGGGAUCACUGAGGACGACAUCGAUCUUCGCCGCAGAAUGUUUCGAGAGGCGUUCCAUCUGGCCACCUGGGGUGCCCAGAAAUCUUUGAAUGACGUCUCUCGCAUGGCCAAAUAUGCCGGAAUCGACCCAAAAAAGAACACCACCCGAGGCAUGACUCCCGGUCUAAUUGACCCAUCCAAAGGUGAAGCAGGUGGUCGCAUUCCUCUCCCUGCUUGUAUCCCCAGUUGGGAUUUGUCCAUAUUUGAUAUCCCACCGGUUGUCGUGCAGUCCAAUGGCCUUACGCAGGAGCCUGUGGAUACCCAGCAGCCACAUCUCAAGCAGCCUAAUGACCUAAUGCAGGAACCUAUGGAUGUCCAGCCACAGCUCGUUCAGCCGCCUACUAUAACUCAUUCGCACCCUACUGUGGAGCAGCAGCCGGUCGUGAAGCAGCCAAUGGGUUCCAUGCGACCACAGUUUCCUAUACGGGAAGCCGCUACUGAAGAGUACUAUGCGUCUAUCGCAAGACAAUUCAUGAUUCCAGACCACCUAAUUCCAGACCGCAUCAACAACCACAUCAACAAUGUCAAGAACCAAUCGAAAAACCAGGGAGUUGAGGAUCCUUUCAUAGGACAGUGGCAGAUGAGAGGUAUGCCGGUGGGCCAUGAUACAGCGAGCUCCUUUAUGGCUUUCUCUCCAACUCCAGGAGUCGGUCUCAAAAGAAAGGCUACUGAAGAUCCUGUGAACACCCACGGCAGCGUGUUGGCGAAUAAGAAAACAAAACCAGAAUCUUCUUUCCUCCCCGAUUAUCCCGAAUUCCCCAGUGAAUUGGCAUCUCACAAUGGACCUUCAGCUCAUAGCUGUUUGGGCUCUCUCGAAUCUCAGACUGGUCCAGUCAUUGGAAUGGAAGAUUUCCUUGGAAUCAAUAAUCUCUCAUUUACCGAGUUACUGAACUCGCGUUUGGGUGAUGAAGUGGCCACCAUGCUCUCUUCGGAUGCAGCCGCCUGGCCUGGAUUUUCGGACCAAAACCAGUGA